CUGAUCAUACUUGAGCCAGGAUAACCUGCAAACCUCCUCUGAGCAGCUCAAGAACUCACAGCUCAAAAGACUUCAUUUUCUGAGCCACAAUGGCCACUGCACCGUACAACUACUCCUACAUUUUCAAAUACAUCAUUAUCGGGGACAUGGGGGUAGGGAAGUCAUGUUUGCUUCACCAGUUCACAGAAAAGAAAUUCAUGGCAGACUGCCCCCAUACGAUUGGUGUGGAGUUUGGUACAAGAAUCAUCGAGGUGAGCGGGCAGAAGAUCAAGCUGCAGAUCUGGGACACAGCGGGACAAGAGCGCUUUAGGGCUGUCACCCGCUCCUACUACCGCGGAGCCGCAGGAGCGCUCAUGGUCUACGACAUCACCAGGAGAAGCACGUACAACCACCUCAGCAGCUGGCUGACUGACGCUAGAAACCUCACCAACCCCAAUACUGUGAUCAUUCUCAUAGGAAACAAAGCAGACCUGGAGGCCCAGAGGGACGUCACGUACGAGGAGGCGAAGCAGUUUGCCGAGGAGAACGGUCUGUUGUUUCUCGAAGCUAGUGCAAAAACAGGUGAAAACGUUGAGGACGCCUUCCUGGAAGCUGCUAAGAAGAUCUACCAGAACAUCCAAGAUGGUAGCCUGGACCUGAACGCCGCCGAGUCGGGGGUCCAGCACAAGCCCUCAGCCCCCCAGGGCGGCCGGCUAACCAGCGAACCACAGCCCCAGAGGGAAGGCUGCGGCUGCUAAUGACCAAGCAAACACCCCCCCCCUCCACCCUCCCUUUCUCUGUCUGUCUCUCUCUCUCCCUCCAUCUGUCCUGCCUGCCCUCCCUCAACCAGCACCCCCCACCCCCUCCACCCCUCCACCUUUCCAUCCAUUCCUUCACCUCCGUACGUUCAUUCACCCUCACUGCACCAGGAGUUGCAUGAGAGCAGGGCUGCGGAGGGAAGGAACCGGGGGACGGAUAUUGACUUGGGCCAGACUGAGCUGGGCUGUGUGUGGGCUACAUCUCUCCCCUCCUCCUCUUCCUCCUCUUCCUCCUCUCUGCCCGUCUGUCUCCCUCUGUCACUGUCUCACUCCUCCUCUUUAAAUUCUGUCAAGUGUGUCGUCGUCCCAUAACGCUCCUCUCUCACUCCCCUCCGCUCCUCUUGCACCAUUCAGUCUAGUCCCUUCUCCCCCGUAUAGUAUUGUAGACACCAUCAACGCAUCACACGGGUUACUGACACUUUAGAUAGAUGUAAUGUUCAUAUGAUAAUGAUAAACCGAGACUGUUUUUUAUGUUUGGUUUUAUAGCUAUAUAUGACAUGUAAACACUGCAUUAAGUUUCAUCCACCACUGAUUGAUUCUGUAUGAAUCAGAUCUAAAUUAUAUUCCCAGUCUCCUUACGCCUCUCCUGCAUGGUUUUACCAAUCCAGCAUUUUAUCGGGACAGGCAGGUGCGAUAUCUCAUUUCAUUCUCGUGGGAUCGGGCAGCGAAGGCAACAAAGUAGUAAUAACACGCAGUCACACAGGUAGAAGCUCUCAAGUGCGUUGUCAGAGAAUGUGUAGCCGAGUGAGCUUUUCCAGCAGGAUUUCAACCUCCUGCUCCACGGCUUUUAAUUCUGCUCGGCGUUAAAGCGAACUCUUUCGCCCCAGAUGUUCUCAGGAGAGAGAUAGGAAAACAUUUAGGAAACCAGCAAUCACCCACAAAUUCCUUGUGGGUGAUUUCCUCAGUUGCUCCUGUGAGAUAUCAUAGGAAAGAAUAUUGGGUGUUUUCCAGUUUGUCUGUGUGUGUUUGUGAGUGUCUGUGUGUUAAGAAGUUGGAUGGGGGUUUCUGUUUGACACUUUAAACAAAAACAAGAAAAAAAAAUCUACAAAAAAACAAACAUGGCUUUUCUGUUUUUGAUGGAAAGAUUCAUUCACAUCAGUUUAUUUGCACCAGCUCUCCUUCUCCUCACCCGUCUUGACCCCCAGAACUCCCCCCCACCUCCCCCUCCGGGUCAUAUCAACAGAUUCUGUCUUUACCAGCAUUUUCUUUGUCAUUGUUUGUUGCCUUAUUAUAAUUAAUAUGUUAUUACUCUUUAAUCUUUAUAGUUUUGCUGCACUUGCUCUUCACACUGCAGUUGGACUCACCCCCUGACUCAAUAAAUCAACUCUUUUUAGAAUAAUUAUUGCAUUUUACUGGAGAAUAACGUAAAACUCGCGAGUGGUGGCUCACAUGGUCAGAAAAUCAAAUAGUCGAGCAUCAGCAGCAUGGUCUGAAGCCCACACCUUGACUAUUCAGAUGUGAAAACUAACACUUCUUUAUUUCAAGUGUAGCUGCACUGAAGAGCUGAUCUGUUCAUUUGGACAGUUGUUACUCUUAUAUAAUACAUCAAGCAGCAUGCCCCCACCCAAAAAACAAGAUGAAAUCCAAUUAUGUUUUUUUAGUACAAUUUUUCUGUAUCAUAGUGAUUCCCUGAUUGGACAGCUGUAUAUAUUGCUUCCUAACUAUUGGUGAUGACCUUGCUACUUGGGAUUUAGAAGUUUAUUUGCUGGCUCUGCCAAGAUCUGUACAGUUGAUGUGCUAGUGGGUUGCCUGUAAUUCAUGCUUGGGAAAUUCUGUAACAUAGUUUCUAUUAAUAAAUGUAUGUAAAGGACAGACACCUAAACACACCCCCCCCAACCACCCCCUCUGCACACUACUAAACCGAUUGGUUGAGGGGAGAGGAAGUGGAUUGAGAUGAUGUGCAAACUAGUAUUUAUGUCUGCAAAGUUUUGAUUCCUCUCAUUUCUGUAUGGAGUGGAGUAUGGGGCACUUUUAUGUUUAUAUUCUCUUUUUUUUUUUUUUUUUUCCCCCCUCCCACCCACCCCAUCAUUAGCUCCUCCGCGUGGGAAGGGCCUGCAUCGCUGUCUUAACUUUUUUUGGGGAGUGGGGAUUGGUUUGUUAUUGUGGGAAGUUGGUGGGCUGGGUCUUCCUUUUUCCUGUGUCCCACCUCUUUGCAGUCUGAGUGACCACUUCCUGCUUUUGUCUGUCCACAAGUAAAAAAAAAAAACAAAAAAAACGUACAUAUGUAUAAAUUUUUAAGGAGCUGUGCUAACAUUUAAAUGCGUUCUUGCGUGUAUAUGAUUUUAAAAUGUUGACAUUUUGAUUUUAAUGACAAAAUACUCUAGACAGAAAAAAUAAAUUAUUCAUAACCUGUU